AUGCCUGUACUCACUCUCCACCUCCUCACACUCAACAAGGCGACAGAUGCCCAAUCAUUCAUUCACCAGCUCAAGCAGUCCACAACCAAAGUCAUCGUCGCCUCACGUCCCCGACACACCGUAAUCCAUCCAUCCAUUCUAGACAACAGCCCGCUAGCCACAACAAAAUGGGACCUCCUUCUUCUCCUUCAGAAUGCCUCGGCACCGACGGAAGAUCCAAUUCCAUCUACACUCCGCCAAUCAAUCGGCACCGAAUACAAGCUCACUACUGGAAUACCAUCAAAGCUCAUCACCAGCUAUCCCGCCCGGGAUGCCGAACUCAAAGCCAAUGCAUCGUCAAUUCCACUUACCGGAUCCCUAGAUAAGAUUCUAAAUAGCGAGACAAAAACCACAUCCCAAAAUCUAGAAGUCUCGCCCGAGCUCCUAGAUUUCAUGACCACAGUCUCAAAAACACAUCCGGGGCCCGUCACGAUGCUGAACUUGUUACAUUUCCAUCAUCCCAAUGGUAAACAGAACUACUACCAGUAUGGCCAAGCGUUUGUGCCCGUCGCAGGGAAACGAGGUGGAAGUGCCAAGUUGGUCGGGAAUGUGGUACCGCCUGGCCAGGGCCGGGAUUCCCGGGGCUUGAGUGAUCGGCCUGCGAGUGAGUGGUGGAAUGAGAUCUCGAUUGUGCAUUAUCCUUCUAUUCGGCAUUUUUGCGAUAUGCUGGCUGGUGAUGAUUAUCAGGCCAUCAAUGAGAAGUAUCGGUUGUCGGCCCUUCGUGAUACGUUUUUGUUGUGCACGACCGAGUUUGAUGUAGAGGAAGCGGGCAAUGUCAAGCUGUGA